AUGCCGCGCAGCCCGCCGCCGGAUCCCGCCGCCCCGCCGCCCUCCAAGGCCAGGAGCCGCUUCGACAUCGAGUCGCUGCUAGCCAAGCCGGAGCCGCCCCGUCGGGAGUCGCCGGUGCCCCGCGCCUGGGCCGCCGCCUCUUCCCCGCCCGCGCUGCACUUCGGCUGCGUGGCGGCGACGCUGCGCUUCCCGGCGCUGUAUCUGACCGCGCAGCAGCCCUUCUUCUCGGCCCAGACCUGCCGGUGCGCCGCGCCCGCCUGCAAGAGGCCAGGCCCGGAGUUCCCGCGCUGCAGCGGGCCGCUGGGGCCGGCCCUUCCCUGGAGACCCGGAGAGCCCUGCAAGAUGAAGCGAGUGCGCACCGUCUUCACGCCGGAGCAGCUGGAGCGCCUGGAGGAGGAGUUCCUGAAGCAGCAGUACAUGGUGGGCUCGGAGCGCCUGGACCUGGCAGCCACCCUGCAGCUCACGGAGACCCAGGUCAAGGUCUGGUUCCAGAACCGCAGAAUCAAAUGGCGCAAGCAGAGCCUGGAGCAGAAGGCGGCCAAGCUCUCCUCGCAGUUUGGGAGGACGCAGGCGGCCCCCUCUGGCCCGCUGGCCAGGCCGGACAGUGACAGGGAAGAGGACGUCAAUGUGGACUUUUAG